AUGGAGGCGUUGGUCGUCAGAGGGCAGCGGGUCUGGACAGCGAGCAGGGAUCGGCGUCGCUGCUGCAAUGGAAGGCUCGCACGGUUGGAGGAGCGCCGACGAACUGCAGAGGAGGAGGACGGAACUAAGGUGGAGGCUCUGGUGGAUCUGAGCGACGGCGAAGUUGGGACUGACGUGUUGCCCGACCCAACAAAUUUUGUUAAGACUUCCAGUAAGACUGCUAAUAACAAUCUCAAUGAGUUCCUGAGCAGCAUGUGCUGGUCGGAUCAGAGCGGUCAUGUUAUUUUCCUUUUCCAGAUUCACUUUGUACUUCUAAUUAGUCGACAAGGAAAAGUGAGACUGACAAAAUGGUACUCUCCGUAUGCACAAAAGGAAAGGUCCAAGGUUAUCCGAGAGCUUAGUGGAGUUAUUCUGACACGAGGUCCAAAGCUCUGCAAUUUUGUGGAAUGGAGAGGCUACAAAGUUGUUUACAGAAGAUAUGCCAGCCUUUACUUCUGCAUGUGCAUUGAUGCAAACGAUAAUGAGUUGGAGAUGCUGGAAAUUAUUCAUCAUUUCGUUGAGAUAUUGGACCGUUAUUUUGGCAGUGUGUGCGAGCUGGAUUUGAUCUUUAACUUUCACAAGGCAUACUAUAUACUGGACGAGAUUCUUAUUGCUGGUGAACUUCAGGAGUCGAGCAAGAAAACAGUUGCACGGCUUAUAGCUGCACAGGAUUCACUGGUGGAGACUGCCAAAGAGGAAGCUAGUUCCAUAAGCAAUAUGAUUGCACAGGCUACCAAGUAGAAUUCUGUUCCCAUUGUUUUUGGUGAUAUCAUGUGCGAGAUGAAAAUUCGUUGUAUAUGGUCUUCUGAGCUGUUUCGUGCACUGUAUUUUUUCUUUCUGUAAUGUUAUAACAACAUGAUUGUUCUGAACUUGUUCUUCCUGCGUGAAGUUAACUGACAUUUUUACCCCAUCAUUAUUGAAAAUUAUCGAAUCGAGAAUUUAAAACUGA